UGCUGAUCACUUGACCGGUGGUUUGCCUCAGGCUUUCUUGCCCAUGAUUGGGUGACAUCUUUCGCGAUUCUACGACUUUCACGUAGGAAAUCUGUGCUACUGAGUUUCAUCAUUGUGCUCGGCCUGCCAGAGCUCCCAUUCCUUUUGCUAUUUUUCGACAGAUGUAAACAUUUCCACCAUGACGUGUGGGAACAGUUAGUGAUACAAACGGUAGUACAAUGGAUCCUCUCUAUGCCCCCAAACCCAGAGUGGACUCCCUCUACCCGUCGAUUCGCUCUUCAGGAACAACUGUCCGGAGUGCUGUGAGGCAAAGUCAGGCAGCUACAAAAGUCUUCCCAAUCCCAGGCAAAGAAGUGCUUCGAUUCUGGAUGCCACCGGAUCCUCGACACAGAAGGCACUACUCUUCGACCUUAUCAGCAAUUCAAGCACAUCUCCAUGCGGCGGUGGCCCCGUUUCUGCCAGAUGGGCAGGUGCCAUCGGACAAGUUGGUUUUUCAACCCAUGAUGAUCGGUAAGAACGAGCAAGACGCUAAACUCCACAUGGCGGUGCUCUGCGAGCCCAGCCUAGCCACGAUCCUCGAAGAGGCUUUCACGCAUCCGACCGUUCAAACAUAUCUCGGUAUACCUAAUUCGAACGAGUGUUUGGGAUACACGGUUAUUCCAGAGCCACACGAAGAGGUCAAUGCUCAACUUGCCAUUGAUGUUUUUAGCCAAACACGCUACGAUACCAUACACAACACAUAUUGCGGCGCACCGCUUCUCUUGAAACACCGCAAUACAAUUGAAGCGACAGAUUGCAUUCGUCAAGCUACGUUUGGUGGUAUCAUCAAAGUGAUAUAUGCGCAUGGCGAGAUUUGCUUCUACGGCAUGACAGCGGGCCACGUUACGAACGCAGUCCGACAGCACCGUCACCAGUUGUCAGUAAGCUCACCGACUGACACGGACCUUUCCAAAGAUCCAUUCAGCAUGGGUGCCUGGCUUUCAAAUGACGAUUCACUUGGCAGUCCCCUCGAUCCCGAGACGCUCCCUGGAGUCAAAGCUCAACGAACGAAGCUGUCUCACGACUGGUGUAUUUUCAAAAGCGGAUCACCUCGACGCAACAGAGUUGUGCAGUUACGUGAGUAUGAAUCUCUACCAGGCGUUGGCGAUAGCUCGGAAGAACGCGAUCAUCCAAUUCUUAUCGCCGAGAGGCCAAGCUUCAACGAUGAUGCUUCCGACCCUGUGCUAGUACUAGGUGCUGCUGCUGGCACCCGCCGUGGAAUCUUAUCUGGUCUACCGGCUAGUAUAUUCAUGGCCAGUUGUCAGGCUUUCGUGUCGGUCUACGUGCUGCAGAUGAGUGGCGAUCACAAAGUCGUCAAAGGCGAUUCAGGUGCGUGGAUUCCUACGUCGUACCGGCUAAUGAUGCAUUCGAAAACAUCAGAGAGUGUUUGGGUGCCGUUUCUGUCACACUGCCAACCACGACUGAUCUGUCUUUUGGUCCAACUGCUCGACUUUUGCCCACACUCACGGCCCACCAUGACCAGUCCGAACAGCUGGAUUUUCCGAAAUCACAUGGGCUACUGUACAGAACCAAAAGAUGGAGUGCUUCGUUCUCAAAGUAUCGAUCAGUCAGUGAUAGGCCUUUUCUGGAAAUCGCCAAGGCACUCCACACAAACAGAAGUAUCCUCGAGACUUUUCUUCUUGCAGUAGAUGGGCCCAAUCCCCUUUGGAAGGUCAAGCACGAGCAGGCUUUCCUCGAAGAUCCUAAGCAGCAUGUGUCUUCGUCGCAUAUGGUGCACUUGGAUGAAAGACACAGCGAUAUUUCUGAUCGAUCUACGAAAUGGAUCAAU